UUGUUUCCUUUUUUUGCUUCAGCGGCAGAAGCAGGAUCUUCAAUGGCGGAGGAAAGUCUUCCUCCAGGGUUCAGAUUCCAUCCGACUGAUGACGAGCUCGUCUCCUUCUAUCUCACUCACAAGAUCGCCGACACGAGUUUCACUUGCAAAGCCAUUGUUGCUGUCGAUCUCAACAAGAACGAGCCUUGGGAUCUCCCAGGGAAAGCGUCAAUGGGGGAGAAGGAAUGGUACUUCUUCAGCUUGAGAGACAGGAAGUACCCGACCGGGUUGCGAACCAACCGGGCAACGGAGGCUGGGUACUGGAAGACGACGGGGAAGGACAAGGAGAUCUUCUCUGCAACGUCGGGGGCUCUUGUGGGGAUGAAGAAAACCCUGGUUUUCUACAAAGGUAGAGCUCCCAGAGGGGAGAAGAGCAACUGGGUCAUGCAUGAGUAUCGGCUCGAGAACAAACAUCGAUACAAAUCCGCCAAGGAGGAAUGGGUGGUUUGUAGGAUAUUCCAAAAGACCUCAUCACUCAAGAAACCACAGCUGACAUCAUCAUCCCAACAAUCCUACGACGACACGAACUCCAUCGCCAACAACAACAACAACAACAUUGAUCACUUCGGAGACUUGGAAUUCUCCAACCUAAACGGCGGCGGCGGCGGCUACAACGACGACGUCGUCUCAGCUAACUACCACCACCACCACCACACCGCCAUCAACAUUCACGAUCUUCAUCACCAAAACAAUAAUAACAAUACUCUCCUACACAUGAACCAAGCUCCGUCGUCGUCGUCGUCGCUGCUGCUCAACUCAUCACUCCUCCUCCCGUGGCCCGCUGCCGCUUCUAACUUGCUCGGCGGCGCCUCCAACCUCGCCGUGAAUAACUUGCUUCUCAAGGCAAUGCAGCUUAGGAAUUACCAACAGAGAGAAGCCGCCGCCGCCGCGGACUAUAAUUCCAUGCUGAGCCAUGAUCACCAUCAGUUGGGUGCGAGUUUCCAAGCAUCUUCGUCGUCUUCUUCUAGGGUUUUGGAAACGGCGCCUCAACAACAACAACAACUGAUGGCACCACAGCCGGACGAGGAGCAACCAUUCAAUAUGGACUCCGACAUAAUUAACUGGUCAUGA